AUGAUUAGCAAGUUGUUUUUAUUUGUAUUAGGUUUGUUUGGAGAAAAUGGAAUUUCCCCGGCUGAGCUUGUAAUAUCUAAAGGACUGGACAUUGAUUUGGGGCUUGAUUUCUUAUGCGUUGGGGGUCUUACGGUUUCCUUCGUUUCAAUCAUCUCCAAAGACCACCGAAAUGCACUGGUAGCCCUUCUGCAGUGGAUCUUCUACCUCUCCAUCGCUCAAGUCGGUCAUGUAUUUCUUUCCUACAAAUGGGAUAGCUUAUUGUUAGAAAUAAGUUUUGUGGCCAUAUUUUUGGCUCCGUUCGGUUUAUUCGGCCUUCAUGAUGACGUCAAAACAUCGCCCCGCCUACAACAACGACGCUCAGCCAAUCAGAAUCGAGAUGGACACCAUGGCAGCAAAAGACUCCUCUUCUGGUUGGUUCGUUGGAUUUUGUUCAGACUCAUCCUGGCCGAAGCUCUCACCGGAUUGGACGAUAUUUUUGGAACGGGGGAUGGAAAAUUUUCUUUCCCGGAAGCUACGCAGAUUGCUACCAACGCCGAUAACUUGGCUUCUGUUUUCCCUUCCGUCAUCUUUAGUAGCCACAGUGACAGGGCUUCACUUGCUGAGUGGCUUGGUGAUGAGCGCUUUGGUCAUUUUGCCAUCGAAGCGUCUGCAUGGUGUGGUCUUCAAAUGGGUGGCAAAACUAGCCAAACCGACACGGCGCCGUUAUGCGAGCAUCAUUCCAAACCGGAAGUGAAGCAAUCACGUGACGCACACCCAUCGAAGGUGACGACAUCAUCCGCCGAAGUAGUCAAAGAUUCUAAAAAGGAAAAAAAAUCCAACGGGAUUUCAUCGACUUUUAGGGCGAUUUUGAAGGUUUCAGCUGGCUUUGCGGUUGUUGCGGCCAUUUUGGCUUUAUACGGGCUUCCCGCCAUCACUCAAAAUGGCGAGGAUGAUAAUGAUGAGUUGGCGGGAAAAGCUGAGAAAGAAGAUGAAGAAAACGCGCACGUUUCGGUGGUGAGAGUGGCCAAGAAAUACUUCUGCCCAAUGGCUGGGGAGGUGGCUUGGGAAGGUGAGAUUACUCUCAACAUGUGGUUUGGUGGUCUUUCUAUUCGCUAUUUCUCUAGUAAGUUUCAAGUACCGCUAACAUGGUAUGAUGGCCAAACAUCUGGUCAGUACCUGCCGAGUGAGUUGCAAGAAACUUAUUUGUGGUCACAUAAGCACUAUAGACUCGUCAACAACUAUGUCACUGCAUCAAAGCGUGUUGAAAUAAACGGCUCUCCAAUUGGUCGGCUGGAGGUAAUUUUUGAGGGCAGUCAUUCGUUGAAGGGAUCUGAUUGGCUGGAGUAUUCUUUCAAAUUUAAACCAGGAAAUGUAAAUGUUGUGCCACCUUUUGUCGCUCCUCACCAUCCACGAUUGGACGAGACGUUACAUCUUGCCUCACGUGACAGCUACAAAGAACAUCAUUGGAUACUAAAUUUAGUCUACAGGCUGCUAACCAAUCAGGAAGAAGUAUUGGAGUUACUGAAGGAAAGCCCGUUUCAAGAUGGCCCGCCUAGGUAUAUGAGGGCAUCAUUGUAUAGAUACAAAUUCAACAACAACGACCACAAUAACGACGACGAAGAUGGUGGUGAUGGUGGUAAAGAAAAUGAGGAUGAUGAUGGUGGUGAUGGUGGUGGAAACGUAGUCGGUGGUGAUGAUAAAGAUGACGAAGAGAGACUUUCUGCAAUAAGAUCCCCAAAGACAGCAGCAACAACAUGGUGGGACCGGAAAUGGAUUGGUUACUACCUUCCGGUACUGUCAAUCGACGAUCCUAAAUUUUCAGAAUAUUUGAAGUUAUCCGGAAUAAUUAGGAUAGAGGACCGAGUCGGGCAAAGAUCUAAAGAAUCGAACUGCAAACAUUCAAACGUUCUAGGUUCCUUCUUGUCUUUCGUGAGGUCGCUUCUUGGUCAGAGUGACGGAGGUUGCCUGUGCUUGGUCCUCAUUUCGCUAGCUCUUCUAUUGGCUCACGUUGAUUUAUCUUCAUCAUCAUCUUUUUCAUCAUCUUCACCAUCUUUUUCAUCAUCUUCAUCGUCGUUGUCGUCAACUCCUUUGGCGACAAAACGCGGGAAAUCGCCGCGUCCAAAUCAGCAGUGUUCAAAUAAUGGCGGAGUUAAGACGGUUGACCAUGACCAGCAUGAUCAGACGGAUGUAAUCAACGUGCCUAUUCAUUACGUAGAUAAGACAAGGAUGUAA